GGUAACUGUUAGUCCAUUCUUGGGUUCUGCGAUUCUGCUGCUGUUUUGUUCCUUUAGUUUUCCUUUGUUCUUAUACUCCACACAUAUGAGUGAAAUCAUUUGGUACUUGUCUUUCUCCGCCUGCCUAUUUUACUGAGCAUAAUACCCUCUAGCUCCAUCCAUGUUGUUGCAAAUGGUAGGAUUUGUUUUCUUCUUAUGGCUGAAUAACAUUCCAUUGUGUAUAUGUACCACAUCUUCUUUAUCCAUUCAUCUACUGAUGGACACUUAGGUUGCGUCCAUUUCUUGGCUAUUGUAAAUAGUGCUGCGAUAAACAUAGGGGUGCAUCUGUCUUUUUCAAACUGUGCUGCUGUAUUCUUAGGGUAAAUUCCUAGAAGUGGAAUUCCUGGGUGAAAUGGUAUUUCUAUUUUGAGCUUUUGGAGGAACCUCCAUAUUGCUUUCCACAAUGGUGGAACUAAUUUACAUUCCCACCAGCAGUGUAGGAGGGUUCCCCUUUCUCCACAACCUCGCCAACAUUUGUUGUUUGUCUUUUGGAUGGUGGCAAUCCUUACUGGUGUGAGGUGGUAUCUCAUUGUGGUUUUAAUUUCUCUGAUGAAUAGCGACGUGGAGCAUCUUUUCGGGUGUCUGUUGGCCAUCUGAAUUUCUUCUUUGGAGAACUGUCUGUUCAGCUCCUCUGCCAGCCUGUAAGAUUUUUGAUGGUAACUGUUUUUGCCUCCUUCGGAAACUGUGACUUACAUUCAUUUUUGUGCAGCUACGACGUACAGCAAACAGACUUGUUUGCUGUUGUGGUUCAAUGCCGUGCUGACACCUGCUGGUCAUAUAUGGCUCAGCAACCCUGGCCCCAGCACUGUCCUCUCUCCAAUAUUACGGGUGGGGGACAGCCUGUCCCACUUUUCCCCAGCCAGACACUGGAAGCAUAUGCUUGUGGGAACGUUGUGCCAUGGCACCACUCUUCCCUGGAGUCUCCAGGAGCACACUCAGACUUGCUGGUCUCUGGCUCGUCUCUGACAUCUGCUGCCUAAAUUCACUUCAAUCUUUAUGACUUUCCCAACUGACCCCCAACCCAGCAAUUUAUACUUUACAUCCUUCCCAGUACCACAGAAAUACAAGGAGGACAAGAUCUGUAGGAACUGAGCAGCAAGAGAAGAAAGAAGCAGACAAACAAUUUGAGAGCAGGGCAUGUAUAGUCCCUCCUCCUCACUCCACAGAAUCAAGAUUAUUUCCUACAGAGUGUUAUUCCUUUUGACCUCUGUCAUAUUUGUAGGAGGCUCUUCUAGCCAUAGACCUUCUUGGUGACAGUGUGAUGAACAGGAGGUUGAGCACAGAGUGGGUAGGCGGAGCGUGGGGGUGGGGCCAGGCCAAAGAGCCUCUCCCCGAGGAGCUGCUUCACUCUGUCAGCUCUCCCCGGACAUCCAAGGCAAGACUGGCACCCAGCGCACAGCAGGUGAGGGGCCGGCAAGGACAGAAGGGAACUAUGGAGUCCUUCAGCUCAAGGAGUCUGGCCCUGCAAGCAGAGAAGAAGCUGCUGAGUAAGAUGGCAGGCCGGUCUGUGGCUCACCUCUUCAUCGAUGAGACAAGCAGUGAGGUGCUGGAUGAGCUCUACCGUGUGUCCAAGGAGUACACGUGCAGCCGUGCGCAGGCCCAGAGAGUCAUCAAGGACCUGAUCAAGGUGGCUGUCAAGGUGGCGGUGCUGCACCGCAGCGGCAGCUUUGGCCCCGGUGAACUGGACCUGGCUGCCCGCUUCCGCCAAAAGCUGCGGCAGGGCGCCAUGACGGCACUCAGCUUUGGCGAGGUGGCCUUCACCUUCGAGGCUGCUGUGCUGGCCGGCCUGCUGACCGAGUGCAGAGACGUGCUUCUGGAGCUGGUGCAGCACCACCUCACACCCAAGUCCCACGGCCGCAUCCGCCGGGUGUUCGAUCACUUCUCUGACCCAGGCCUGCUCACGGCCCUCUAUGGGCCUGGCUUCACUCAGCACCUUGACAAGAUCUGUGAUGGGCUCAGGAAGCUGCUGGACGAGGGGAAGCUCUGA